AUGGCCCAGAUGUGGCCAAUUCUGGCUGAGUUCCUUCUUUUCCUAAUUAAAGUGGUUCAAGGGCCAGCUGACAGCACAGCAUCUGCAGUGGUAGGCACCAAGGCUGUGCUAAGAUGCCCUAACACCUCAGUGUCAUCUCUGAUUUUGGUAAUAUGGAAAAUAAGACCAAAGAGUGAAAGUCACUGCUCGUUGGCAUAUAGAGCGGAUGCCAAUAAGACAGACAGAACAAACUGCAGUGAGAGGAUGACUUGGGAAUCUAGUCCUGAUCAUGACCCCGCCCUUCAGAUUCACCCUGUGAGACUUGCUGAUGAGGGUAAUUACACCUGUGAAAUUGCAACUAGCGAUGGGACUUUUUCCCUAGUCUCUGCUCUCACUGUGUUAGUCCCUCCUGUGGUGACUCUGACUCAUGGUAGCAACGGGGUUGUUGUGUGCCAGGCAUCUGCAGGGAAACCAGCUGCAGAAAUCUCAUGGGCCGAAGGGAAUGGUCACAGCACUGAGAACAAAACUCAUCACACCAAUGGAACAGUGACCACACUCAGCAAUAUGCCUAUGAUCAACAGCACCAAUGCUCACGUGACCUGCUUAGUUACCCAUCCAGCCAUGAACCAGACCCAGACUAUAGAACUAUCAUCAGAACUUUCUGCGGACAUGACACUUUCACCCAUACUCCAUUAUUUCCUGAUAUGCACCUCUUCAUGUAUCGCUGUUGCAGUUGUUGCUCUGAUUUUAUACCGGACUUUAAAAUGCAGAGGCAGGGCCAGAGGCGUGGUGGGGCUGGCGGGAAGCGCUGUGCAUCCGGAAAGCUUUGAAAGCAAAACUAGGAAUAACCUCAGGCCUGGGACAGUUAACACAACUAACUCUUCCACCGUGGAAAGUAUCUAUCAGAAUUACAGUGUACAGAACAUACAUAAAAAUAUUAAUUCUCUAAAAACACAAAGGCAAAGAGUCUAGUCCUAGCUCAGCU